AUGUGCUUUGCCAAGAAUCACAAAAAGAAGGACCUGGAGAAGAUGCAGGCCAACAAUGCCAAGGCCAUGAGCACAUAUGCCAAGGCUAUCAACACCCUCAGAAAGCACGAGACCCCAAAGGAUGGCCAUCACAAGCUCAGCCAACUUGCCUAUAUCACUUAUCCCAAGCUUGGGAAACAUGCUCGUGCCCACAUUGCCAAGGGUCUCAGGCUCUGCUGGCCAAAGUUUAAGGCCAAGAUUCAAACCAGGCCCCAGGCUACAGCUACAGCUCAGGCUCAAGCUCUGGAUCCCAAAGGCGCCCAUGAACCUACGAAAGCUGCUCAGUGGAGGCCAAUGUCUGCCAAUGUGAGGACCGAAGGAUUGGUGUGA